AUGCAGGCUUCCGUCCUGGGUUCACCAACUGGUGUUGGUUCCUCUCCUGUUCCAGGGCCACAUAAACCCGAUGCUCCAACUUGCUCAGGCUUCUCCACUCACAUGGCUUCUCCAUCGUCAUCGCUUACCCUCAGAUCAACUCGAGAUCCAAGCAUAACAGUACAGACAUGCAGCGCAAGCAAUAUAGUGACUUACCUUGCAAUGCCUCGGCUCUUCCAGCUUGGCCUCAUCCCACCUCAAGCUUCUGUCGACUGUCGGGGCUGGGUCCCUCCUCUACAAGCAACUUGCCAGAGGAGGACACUGGUUGCAAAGCAUGGCUUGACAAACAAGCCCCUAACUCGGUCAUCUACGUCAGUUCAGGAAGCCGUGUUGAUGAAUGAGAAAGAAGUCAGUGAGAGGGCAUGGGGACUUGCAAACAGCAAGCAGCCUUUCUUGGGGGCCGUCCAGCCUGGUUCUGUUCAGGGCUUGGACCGCCUGGAGUGGCUUCUGGAAGGGUUUUGGCAAGGAGUCGGAGAGAGGGGUCAUAUCGUGAAGUGGGCACCUCAGAAGGCUGUGUUGGCGGACAAGGAAGUAGGAGGGUUCUUGAGCCACAGCGGGGUGGAACUCGACCCUGGAGAGCAUUGCUGA